ACGUCGUCGCGAGGCUUAGCAAUUUUGUGCAAUUAUUGCAAUACAGCGCAUUAAAAUAACACGCAAUCUAGUGUUGAACGAGUUAUUUACAUGGCGCAGCAACAGAGGUGUUGAAGUUUUGCCGUCGCAGCAGCCGAGCAGCGCUUAAAAGUACCUUACCUACGACCCCCACACUUACACAUACGCACACGUCCCCCCCUUCAUCGAUGAAAUAACAUAACGUAGUAUACCGAAAAUAUAAAAGUCUACGGUGGAAUAACGAGGCAAACAGCAGCAGCAAAAUAAAUAGAUAAGAAAGCAGACGAGCUAAGCCAGUGAACGUACAGGCAAACAAGUAUCAACAACGUUGUCUAACCAAGCAAAACAUGUCCGACAUAAUGAGCAUAGACAGCAUAAUCUCGCGUUUAUUGGAAGUGCGUGGCGCUCGUCCAGGCAAGAAUGUCCAGCUAUCGGAAAGCGAAAUACGCAGCUUAUGCCUAAAAUCGCGCGAAAUAUUCCUAUCGCAGCCGAUUUUACUGGAGUUAGAGGCGCCGUUAAAGAUUUGCGGUGACAUACACGGACAAUAUUAUGAUCUACUGCGGCUCUUCGAGUACGGCGGCUUCCCUCCAGAAUCGAAUUAUCUAUUCCUUGGCGAUUAUGUUGAUCGUGGCAAGCAGUCCCUGGAGACUAUAUGCCUUCUGCUAGCAUACAAAAUAAAAUAUUCAGAAAAUUUCUUUUUGCUACGCGGUAACCACGAAUGCGCCAGUAUCAACCGCAUCUAUGGUUUUUACGAUGAAUGCAAACGCCGCUAUACCAUCAAGCUGUGGAAGACAUUCACGGAUUGCUUUAAUUGCCUACCCGUGGCUGCAAUUGUCGAUGAGAAAAUCUUUUGUUGUCACGGCGGUCUAAGUCCAGAUUUGUCAUCAAUGGAGCAAAUUCGACGUAUUAUGCGACCUACUGAUGUUCCCGAUCAGGGCUUGUUGUGUGAUCUCUUGUGGUCGGAUCCCGACAAGGAUACCAUGGGUUGGGGUGAGAAUGAUCGUGGUGUUAGCUUCACUUUUGGCGCAGAGGUUGUGGGUAAAUUUUUACAAAAGCACGAAUUUGACCUAAUUUGUCGUGCGCAUCAGGUUGUUGAAGAUGGUUAUGAAUUCUUUGCAAAACGGCAGCUUGUAACGUUGUUCUCGGCGCCCAACUAUUGUGGGGAAUUUGAUAAUGCGGGUGCGAUGAUGUCCGUGGAUGACACAUUGAUGUGCUCCUUUCAGAUAUUGAAACCCGCCGACAAGAGACGAUUUGUUUAUCCAAACUUUGGCAGCUCAGGGCGUCCCCUGACACCGCCGCGCGGAGCCAACAACAAGAAUAAGAAGAAAUAAGCCACACACACAGCUCGUACACACAGACACAAACACAAACAGAAACACAAAAUCAACCAAGAAACCAAUUUGAGGAAGCGGAAGAUCGUUUGUUUUUAUCGAAUAUGGGUAAUCGAAUCGAGAGCAACGUUAUAAGGGUAUAUGAAAAUCUAUACAAAUAUGAGCCUAUUUAUCAUUUAAAGCGACAACAAAGGAAAAUCAACAACAACAACAAAAACAACAAUCGCGACACUUUAGUUCAAACAUCUUGUGGUGUUAAACACUACAUGAGAAUAUCUCUUACAUUUAGCAAGCGAAAAUGUAUUAAUAUUAUUUUGUUAUAGUUUUUCCUUUUUGCGUAAUGAUAGUACACACACACAUACACACACACACACACAUCGAGCAACAACCAACACAUACACGUAUACAGUACGUAUGUUAAAUGCACGCACCAGUUGUAUUUUUGCAUUUUUUCUUUUCGCACUGCAUUUUUAGUUCAUUACGAAAUCGCAUUGUCCGUGUCACUUCAAGGACUCGACAAUGGUUUUAUAGCGAAAAUUGGCAGCGCGUUUCAGGCAAUAUGUUGAUUCAUUCUUUUUAAAAUGUAUCCACACAUGUACCCGUAUCUACUGUUUAGUUUAGCACACCAAUUUUUUUAUUUAUGGAAUGCUUUUAAUAUUGUAGCGAGAUAAUGUAUGUAUGUAUGUACAUACAUAUGUAUCUAUGCAUGUAUGUGCUUGCAGCACGGCCUACCAUAUUUAAUGCUACAUGCAUACAUAUUUACAUGUUCACUUAGUUUUAAAGCAAAGCAAUUUUAGUUGCAAGGUACAUAAGUUUGAAUUGUUUACACCAAAAAUAUUAAAAUAAAAAAAAUUGUGUAUAUUUUUUAAAUUGUAUGCGUAAGAGUUACAACACAACACAAAACAAAAUGCAUAUAGGCAAACGAUUUACAAAACCCACAUUAACUUUAAAUAAAUUACACAACAACAAAAUGAAGAAAAACACUUAGAAAGAAAUAAAUGUUAAUGAAUAAACAAAAACAAUGAAAUGCUUGUUAAAGCUAAGUAAAUAAAAAACAAAACAUAUAACUUAAAAGCGCACACAGCGACAUACUUUUAAGCUGCACUGUGCCGCUAAAGUGUGUUUUAGUGGGCAUGACGUCAGAAUAACGCCAGAUAACGUUACAAAAAAAUAAACAACAAAGAUAUUGAAAAGCAUACAUUUCAAAUUCUAACGAGCAGCAAACGCAUAUUGAAGCUGUAUACUUCUGUAUUUGUAUUUUUAUGAUAAAAUUCGGUACAUUCUUGUGCUAAAAGGCCGCCCGCCAAUUUCAAGUAUUAUUGCCACGACAGGCGCGAGCGAAAUAAUCCACAAAAAAACCUAAACAAAUAACAACAAUCCACACAUCAUGCCGCCCUGGCGCGUAUUACCUAAAAGGUUUCGUUUGUAUAUUUCUCGACCUCCCCAACUCCCUCCUCCCCUCUUUAUGAAACGCAAAACCAAAAAUCUCCGCCCCACGCCGCCCGGCCUCUUGUUCUAGCCUUAAAACUACUUAGUACUCUGUUCAAUGUUGUAAUGAAUUACAUGCAUAUAUAAAAAUACAUACCUACAUAUACAUACAUAUAUAAAAUCGAAUAGGCAUCGGCUGUUUACGAACAACAACAACAACAGCAGCAGCCGCAAAGCAAGAGCAACCAAGUAAUGAAAUACAAAUUAUAACGUAAUAUCGUAAGUUGCGCCAAUGCAA